AAUAUUUAUUUGCCAAGUGUCAACGUCACGAACUGUCAAACAUUAUUUUGAAACAAUCACAAAUUUUUGUUCUAGAAUUACAGAAAUUCAUAUAAUGUCCAAUAAUUCAAUAAGCCAAGCCUCGAACAUGCCUUCAAUUGGAAAUAUCAACCAGGGUGCUAUACAGUAUGCGAAUAAUCCCCUACAAAGUCCACAGCUUCAGUCUAGUUCGCUACAGGGUUCGCCUUCACAACACAGUCCUAUGGGAGCGCAGGCCCAGGUUGGUGCGAAAACUAAUCAAAGUGGUGGUGGAGAUCAGUCUACACAGUUACUCAGCCGUCCACGUCUUCAAGAGCUGGUGCGUGAGGUCGACCCAACAGUGCAGCUUGAUGAGGAAGUAGAAGAAAUGUUGCUACAACUCGCUGAUGAUUUUAUUGACACAUCUCUAAAUGCUGCAUGUGCCUUAGCCAAACACAGACAUGCACCCUCAGUUGAAUUAAAAGAUGUGCAGUUACACUUAGAACGGCAAUGGAACAUGUGGAUACCAGGCUUUGGCAAUGACGAACUGAGACCGUACAAACGCGCGGCGGUGACGGAAGCACACAGACAACGUAUGACUCUGCUGAGAAAAACUAUUAAGAAAUACUGAUAUUAUGUCAAUUAUCUUUUAAGUAUAAUUAAUUAAAGAAUUGUUAUUAUA